AGUAAGAAUGUAUUGCUAAUUGUGAAAAUGGCUAGUAUUUGUUAGAUGGAGAAUGCGUUUAUGAAUGUAGCCUUUAAUCAUAGAGCCUCUCCUUAGAUAAAUCUUCUAAUACAUGCAUUUAGCUAUAGAACUGUCCUUUGCUAUCUUAUAUUCCUUCAACUUAGGCAGUAGGUUAAAUUCAAUAUUUCACAACAUUUAUUGAUGAAACUUAAAGUGUGUUGCUUUAGAUAGAUGAAUACGGAAAAAUACAAAAUUGUGUUCAGUUAGUAGAUCAAUUAGCUCAAAGAUACUUGCUUUCUUGUGUAAAUUCAUCAAGCUAAGUUUUUACUUUUGAUAUCUUUUCUGGAGUGA